UAUGCUUAUCAUACUAGGACUCAGAACAUCAUAAGGGGCUCGAGUUCCGCCCUAGUAGGGUAUGGUAGGGCGGGCCUGCGAACCGUCCGCAGCGUCGCCCAUAGUUUGCUAUUCGUUUACUGUAGAGCUGGUUAUAAUUAUUGGGACAUGAAGCGUUCUAGCUAGAUCUGCCGGAAAGGUGCUUCUGUCAUGCUAGCCGACCCUGAACCAGUCGCAGCGAAUGGACGAUGAUGAUGACUACCCAGAUUUUGAUGUCGAUGAAGUCGUUCGGAACGCUUGCCAGGUUAGCGGAAAUCCUACUCAGCCAGGCACCAGCCCGCAGCGCACUGAUGGCGUAACAGGUCCUGCCGCGGGGCCCCAGCAUCGGCUCAGUAACGGUGGAAGCGGACUACUGCCUCCUUACUCGCAUCCUAACCAGCUAAGUUCCAACACUACUCCUCAGUAUAACGCCGUCUCUUCAGGCACCGGUCCGCGUAACCUGUAUGGGGCUCCUCCUCAACAGCAGCAACAGCUGCAGCAGCAACCACAGCAGCCCUACCAGCAGCAGCAGCCUUCACCCUGGGUAGGCAGCGCUGCGGCCGGGCCUUACCAGCAACCCAUCAACAGCACAGUUUCUGGCAACAUGCAGCAGCAGCAAAACAGGCUCCCGGGGUACAUUCCACCGGGCAACUUAGCGGCGGGCAGUGGCAGCAACGCUACCGGUGCGGCCGCGCCCUCAGCCCCGGCCGCGGGCACAAAUUUCGCUCCGGGCUUGCCCCCAGCGUACGGCGGGCCACAUGCCGUACAACUGCCAACGACCAUGUCAGCAGCAGCUGUACAGCAACCCCCGCAAACACAAGGGGGUGCGGGGAUGGUCAGGCCACGCAGUUUAGGACAGCAACUGG